AUUGUCAUUCUUUUUUGACUAUCCCCCUUCUAAACACCAUGGCCAAUCGCACCACCGCCGGAGGAAUCGGAUUCGCUGUCCGCCAAAAGCAAGACUCCAAGUUCAUCGACAAGGAGGCCACUCUUCUUCUCGAAUGGAUCAAGAAGCUCUCCGGUGAGAACAUCUCUACAUCCGGAGAACGCGACAACUUCCACAACCUUCUCAAGGACGGAACCCUUCUUUGCAAAGCCGCCAACGGAAUCGAGGCCGGAUCAAUCAAGAAGGUGCAAAAGCCGAUCUCGACCUUCGCAUGCAUGGAGAACAUCAACGCAUUCGUCGAGUUCGCCAAGAAGCAGGGAGUACCAAAUGAGGAGACAUUCCAGUCUGUGGAGCUCGUCGAAGGACGCGAUCUUUUCUCCGUCUGCGUCACUCUUCUCUCGCUCGGCAGAGUUCUCCAAAAGGCCGGAAAGACCAACCCAUUCGCCUAAAAACCAACCCAUCCAACUCAAGAAUUCCAAAAAUGGCCAAGCCCUUGCAAUGUUUCACCCGAUACCUUCUCAUAUCCUAAUAAUAUGAUUUUCUUCUUUUCUUCUUUUUUUGUUGUACAAAACAAAAUAAAGUUGUUUGGUCAAC